AUGCUUUCUCCGUUCAUUAUUUAUAACCCUUUCAAACUCGUCAGUCGGCUCUGCCCCAUCCUGAACGUGGAAUGCCUGGAGCUGUUGGUGAGCAACGCGGCCAAGUUCCAGCUGACCGACGACCUUGGCCGGACGCCGCUGCAUCUGGCCGCCGCACGCGGUCACUUCGAGUGCCUCUACACACUGGUCGUGUGCGGGUCGACCGUCAACGAGCAGGAUGCCGACGGAUGUACGCCACUGCACUUGGCCGCCGCUUACGAUGUCGAGGGCAGAUGUGUUUCGUACCUGGUGACGCACAAAGCGAUGCCUCUGAUGCGCGACCGCCGUGGCUUCACAGCGUUUCACUACGGCGUCGCCGGGGAAAACGAGACUGGCCUACAGCAUCUAUUAGCAGCAGUCAGUAAAGUCUGUCUCUACGGCAGCGAUAUGCCCAAAACCACGCCGCUACAUCUCGCUGCGAACUGUGGCAACAGUGGUAUUUUAAAGCAGUUACUUCCUCUGUUCUCCGACACAAACAUCAAGGAUGAAAAUGGCAGAACUGCUCUACAUCUUGCAGCCUAUAAAGGUCACGAGCAAUGCGUUUGUCUGCUGAUUCGGUGCGGUGCGCGAGUGUGUGUGCACGACGGGAAGGCGCAGCAGACUCCGGUGCAUUUGGCCGCGUUGGCCAACCGCGGGAAGUGCCUGUCAAUGCUGUUGGAGAGCUCAGAGAACAGUGCUGUCGUAGACACCAUGGACGUUCACAAGAGAACUCCUCUGAGCCUAGCAGUGGGAGCUGGCAAUAUGUAUUGUGUGGUGAUUCUGCUGGAAGCACAAGCCAGUGUCAACAUUGUAGACAAGAACAAGCAUCCUCCUCUUUUUCGUGCCGUGGUGUCCGGUCAUAAGGAGGUGAUCGAGCUGAUAGUGGAGAAAGGUGGCAACCUGGUUUACCAAGAUGGCGCCGGCAAGACGGCCCUACACCUGGCGGCCGCCUGCGGACACACGGCCGCCUGCGUCACGCUGCUGCAGGCCGCAACUGCGGCGCAACGGGCACUCCUACUCGCCGCACACGACUAUCACAACUGCACGCCGCUGCACUGGGCUUGCUACAACGGACACGAUGCGACAGUGCAAUACUUGUUGCUGUUCAGUGAGAUCAAAUCACUGGAAGGAAACGCCUUUUCGCCGGUUCAUUGUUCAGUGUACAAGAACUCAGUGCAGUGCCUGGAGCUACUGGUCAACCGGUUCGGCUCUCAGGUGGUGGCGCUGAAGGACAAACAGCAGCGCACCCCCCUCCACAUCGCCGCCCUCGUCAACAGUCUGCCCUGUGCACGCCUGUUGCUGCGACACCGUGCCUCGCUCGAGGCGUGCGACGCACAAGGACGCACGCCGCUCGUGUGUGCCGCGGCGCGCGGUCAUCAUCAUGUCAUCAGAGCUUUGCUGGAGAAGAAGGCGUCGGUGAGAGCGUGUGACGUAGCCGGCAACACAGCACUGCAUCACGCCUGCAACCAACCGACGCCCCAACACACGCAGUGCGCCCUGCUUCUGCUCGAGAACACAUUCGACGCCGCCAUUGUCAACAUGCCCAACAAACACAAGCGAACGCCACUGCACCUGUCAGCACGCAAUGGACUGGUGCUCGUGACCCGGCUGCUGCUGGAGCGAGGUGCCUCGCCGCAAAUGGUGGACUGCAAGGGUCUGACUCCGGCGCUGUCCUGUGCGCGCAACCCGGAUGUCGCUCAAUGCCUCGCGCUCAUCCUGUCCUGUACGCCGCCACCCACGCCACCGUUCUACUUGCUCAACAAUGUGAAGAAGCUCUCGUUGAACAUAUCAGCCGUGGGCAACGUGCUACCAGCGCCUGCUUCGCCCCCCGAAGAAUACAACAUGAUGGUUAUCAGUAGCUUGGAAGCUGUAUAAACCGCUGGAGCUUUAAUCGUGAACAUUUAAAAUUAAUAGUAAUAUGCGGUAUUUUGAACGUCCACUUGAAGGUUAUUCAAAGAAAUACUGAUAUCAGUCUCUAUUGUGAAUCAAAUGAGCUGAGAAAAUGCAUAAUAUUUCAAGGAGAAUGGGAUUUCACUGAAACAAUAUCAAGAUGUUCAUAUUUAUAUUUCGGCCAAUACCAGAGCAGAGUUUCCGCUCCAAAUAUUGUGAUUGAAAUUCAGUAUUUCAUUUAUGUAACGAACUUUACAUGUAAACAUUAUAUUACGUAAUAAUAUAAUUAUCUGUAGAGUUGAAGGAGACUACAUUGAACGAUACACUAAUGCCCACUUUUUAGGACAAUUAUUUAAUUUAAUGGAUCAUUAGUUUUGGUUUCUUUAGAUUUAAUAAGUAUGCUAGAAACCGUGUCAAAUACAUACCGUUGUAUGAACUAAUACCCACUUUUUAGGACAAUUAUAAAAUUUAAUGGAUCAUUAGUUUUGGUUUCUUUAGAUUUAAUAAGUAUGCUAGAAACCGUGUCAAAUACAUACCGUUGUAUGAAUAUUUUUCAGUAAGGUGAAAUAAUAUGGUGAAAUUCCACAAUAUCUUUGUUCAUAGUGUAAAAUUUUCAGUAACGCUACAGGCCUCUGUGAUAAUUCUUUUUUUAUUCAAUGAUGCCUUUCUAAUUCUUAGUGUUUUUUAGUUUCACUUUAUUCGUCAAAUAAUAUUUUUAUUAGCAUUCCAUGUAUUCAAGGAAAAUUCUCACAAAUAAUGUAUGUUGCCUAUGAUGAAUGUAAUAUUGAUUACUCUAUCAUUGUCGGAUUUUAAUUUAUGAAUUAUUAUAAACAUGAAUAAGUAUUUCUGUAAUUUGUAGCAAGUGGAAUAAUUUGAAACUGUUCAGUGCCUCAAUUCAAUCUUAGUGCAAUGAAUGAUGCCAAGUGAAUUUUUUUGAAUGUUGUAAGCGUUUUAAUAAUAAUACUAUGUGAUUAACCCUUGGAUCCAAUAAUUGUGAAUGAGAAUGGUGUUUUCAGUAAAAUAUAUUGCAAGUGCUCUUCCCAGAGAGUCCAGAUUUCAGUGAGUCCAGUAGGCUUACUGAUUUCUCGAUUCGUGUUGGACACCACACCAUGUAAAGUGUCUUGCAUGUGAUAAGCUUUUUGUGAUGAUUGAUAAAAAGACUUGUGUUCUUGUGUGAAAUUCAAGAAGUGCUUUACUCUGAUGAUACCAUGAAAGAUUUUUCAAUAGCCCACGUCAUCAAUUUCCAUAUUGAAAUUCGUUCAUUCCUUUAUUUUUAGUGUUUAUGUUUUAGAUUAUAGUUUUAACUGUUGGGACCUGUACGAAUAUAACUACUUAAUUUGUAUAAAUGUAUUAAUUCAUAACAUAUUGUUUCAAGUUUUCAGAGGUUGUCUGUCUGAUAAAUGAAGGGCUCAGAGAAAUAAUACACAGUCACAAAAAGCAAAUUUUACAGGAGAACGUUUUUGAAGAAAAUGCUACAUGACUCUAUUUAUGUUUCCUCUGAUCUUGUUCGUUAUUACAUGUCAAGCCAUGGACUUUGUGCGUUACUACUUUGUAUGCUAUUUCUUCUUCUGCUUAUAUCUAGAACUAUGUUCAAUAUAUCUCUGUAUUAUUUUUACAUGGCAAUAGUAUAGCAUGAUAGCCACCUGUUGGAAUGAAAAUCUCAAUUUUGAAAAUUUUGGACUAUGUGUGUUAUUCCUCUGCAAAGUUAGUAGACAGAAGGUUGUUCACUCAUAUAUAGUAUUUUAGUUGGAGUGGGGGAACUGCAGCCGUGACGUAGGCUGUAGUACAGAGUAGGCAAAAUAUCGCAUUCUUGAAAAUCAUACGGUGACGUAUAGUCAAAUUAUAUAACAAAAACAUUAUCUGACAUGCAAGCGUUCUGUUUCUGCCUUACAAUAAUUAUCAAAACAUUUAAAUAAUACAAGAAUUUUGCCAUAUAAAAGCAAAAACUGCACCUCCUAACUUUCCUUUUCAAACCCUUAAGGUUUCUCCAUCUUCUAGGUCGUGUUCAUAUUUUGUAGUUUGACUAUACAUCAGCUUGUAAAUUUCGGGGAUAAGAUAUUUUGAUUCUCGUAGAUCAUGUGCUCGAUACCAGCAUGUGUUCAGUGCAUUUAUAUGAACGAAAUUUAUCGGGAUCGGUUUAUUGCAAUGCAUUAAUUUUUCAAUAUUUUUCAUGCGUUAAUCUGAAAUUAUAGUAGUAUAACGUUGUCUACUAACCCUUUUCCAGCUUAUUAACUUUUUCGUGUCACGUUUUUAGAUUCUUGAAAAAUUUUCAACUUCAUUUUAUUCAUACAAGUUGAAUGAACUUGGAAUAUUUAACUACAUCAUUAAAAUCGGUGAUUCAUUCGCUAUAAGUAUGGAGAAUUUUCAAGUUCUUGGUCAAUCUUGAGGGCAAUAAACGACUAUUUAUUUGAAGAUACAGUGAAUAAACUGUAUGCUCAGUGUGGUUACUCAAUCACAUUUUUACUACACGUGACGUCACGCUGGCGUUCCCCCCUCCACUUCGAAUCUUACACCUGUGAGUGAUCAACCUUCUGUCUACUAAAGUUGAUUCCUCUGAGCCCUUCAAAUUAUAAGAGCUUAUUCUAAUAACCUAAAGUUUUCCAAUUUAAACUAAUUUAUGUGAUGGAACGUUGUUUUACAGUUUAAAUGUUUUGUGAAUAUUUCACCUUUAAUUCUCUUAUUUUUUGAAUUUGCUAAUAUUGCAACCAGUGAUCUGUUUUUAUCAAUUAAAUGGCGAAAUAUUGUUUAAAUUUCGGUUCAAGUCUACUAUCAACUAAGAUCAGUGAUAUGUAUUCAGGAUAAGUUCUCUUUUAAGUUUCUAUAAUCCAAUGAUUUGCGUGCCAACUAUUGUCUUGAGUGUGAAUUGCAUUAUUAGAGCUCAUCACAAGAACAUGAUUUCCAAUUUAAAUGUGAGUUAUUUCAAUUAUUAUAACAUGAUAUUAAAUGUAAUAAAGGUUGUUCAUUUCUAGAAAAA